CCGUUUCAUCACCGCGCUGCAGAGGAAGACGCCUCACUUCGCUGCUGCCGCUGCACGACUCAGAGCGCUCUGAACAACCUGCACCUACUGGGGACACUGGUCUGAGAUGGAGCUCCAGAACCGGGUACUGGGCCUGCUGGUCGUCGCCUCGCUGCUGCCCUCCGCAGAGGCGCUGAGCAUCGCUGACCCUCAGCUCUGCUACAUCCUGGACGGUUUCCUGGGCCUCUACGGCCUCAUCAUCACCGGCAUGUUCAUCAAGGAGAAGUUCUUCAGAACCAAAGUGAAGGGCUCAGACGACAACACCUACGCUCCUCUGAGCAGACCGACCGGUGACACCUACGAGCCGCUGAUGACCGACCCGGAGCGAGGACGGAACCGCAGAGCGCCGGAUGACUCCACCUACACGGGCCUGCAGAAACGAUCAGAACCGACGUACAAAGAGCUUCCUGUGAAGAGAGAGCGUCAGCGGAAGAACGAGCAGGUUUACCAGGGUCUGAGCUCGGCCACCAGAGACACCUACGACUCCCUGCAGAUGCAGCCGCUUCCUGCCCGCUAACGACGGACCGGUUCUGAAGAAUCCUGCAGAUCAGCACCGAGUUUUACUCUUAUUGGAGACGAACGGCUCCUUAACGUCUGGGAAAUUUUACACUUUUUCCGCCAAAUUUGGAGCUUUAAAAUUCAGAAAUAUGACAGUUUUUUUAAUUUAGAGCUCAUAAAUAUGAUAGUUUUAAUUGAAGGGAAACCAAUAAUUCCACUUUUUAAUUAGCUUUUGAUGUAGAGAAAGUGAGAAGUUUCAUUGUUGUGUAAAUAUUUGUAUGAGGAUGUAAUAUAGGAGGAAACCUGAUAAAGUAGUUUUUGUGUUUCUGCUUCUAAAGUCUGUGUGAAGUAUGGAGAACCUGAGGUCAGUUUAAAGCUGGACAGAAACCCAAGAAGGACAAUUUAAACACAUUCGGUAAAAUCACAGAGAUAAAAUAGUAAUCAAA